UAUGUACAAGCGCUUUAUACGACAAGUGCAAAUAAAUAAUGAAUAUGGAAAAACACACCACUUAACUAAUUAGAAAUAGUGCCAAAAUUUGUAUUGGUUUUUAAUAAAUUAAAUGCAAACGCGAGUGAUUUUGUGAAAAGGAAAUAUUGCAAGUACCAAAGUUCGGUGCAGUGAAAAGUUUGGUUAUGUAAACCGAAUACAAGUGCAGUGUUGUUGUUGGUAAAUUUCGGUACUAAAAUGCAAGUCACCAAGGAAAAUAUGAUUAACAAAAAUUAAACUAUUUGAAUUAAUCACCGUAAAGAAACUUCUUGCAAAUUGUUUCGCGAUAAUUCCAAAGGAAAACAAAACACUGCCUUUUUUUUAUGCCCGAUCACACUUGUUUAAUAUUUAAAUGGCUUUAGCGCCCACAAAUGUAUGUACAUAUAUAUGUGCGUGUGUGUGUGUCACUUAGCACUUCGGCUGCGCUUAAAACUUCAAUAUUUCACAAAAUCACUCGCGAUUUCUUAAUUAUUAACCAAAGAAAUGCUACACAAGAUAAUCUAAGUGCAGUGAAAUUUGACCCACGUACCUUUAAUUUAAAAAAUUGAUGACUUUAUUUAUUUAACAGGUGUCGGUGUUCGUGUGUGUGUUUUUGCUGUUGAUGCUGGUAGCUCCUGUGGUUGCUUUGUGCAAAAAUUUUGUAGCUGCUGCUGCAAUGUACGGCUGCUUCAGAUAGGCUCAAAUUGGAUAGGCUCAAAUUGGAAAUCCUCGGAUUGGCUCAAAAAGCUGGGCGCUGGCAAGUGGAAGUUCAAAUGUUACGGCGUUGAAGGACCAGUAUGUUAAACCGGCACAACGCUUGGACAAAGUUGUGGCCGAUUUAAUUUAUUGGAAUGAAAAACAAAGCAAAACGUUACCUUUUAUUGAUACGGGAACACGGUGGCUGGAACACGUCCUCUUGACUUCACUCUCGGAAAACAAGCUCACAUUCGCGAAUUAUUUGAACUUAAAAGUGCAGAAGCCAACACUGUGGGUUGUCUUCGCGUACUUGUUGACAAAUUCACGUCUCACAUUCGAGCACUUCAGACCCUAGGGAGCAAGAUACAAAUAGCCGACUGUCUACUCAUCCUUAUCAUGUCUCAAAAGCUGGAUCCAUCUACGCAAACAAAGUGGGAAGAAUCAGCCGCAUGCAGCAACAUACCUACGUGGGAGAGUAUGGAAACUUUUCUUGAGAAAAGGUGUCAAACAUUGGAGAGCAUUAAUUUCGCUACGGUACAGAAUACACCUAGCGCUAAGCAAUGUAAAUCUUCCAAUUGUCGUCGCUGCCUAUCCCAGCACCAUACUCUCUUGCAUUUCAUUCCGGCUCAACAGUCAACCACUGAUUGCACGCCCGAUGAGAAACCUGAGUCAGCUGCACAAGCUGUCACAUCCAGGUUUGCUAACCAAGUAGAUUUGAAAAUGUCGAAAUUUUCGUACUCCGUCUCAGGUAUUGGCGAAUCAGACCUUAAAAUUAGCCACUGCGCUAACAUAACAUUUAAGUCCAUGCAUAAUGACUACUCAACGAGUUACAGUUGCGGUUACUCCCACCUUUACUGACAGUCAACCUAAUUAUUCCUUUGGUACAUCCGACUGGAAGCUACCUGCCAAUAUAAAGCUUGCUGAUUCAUUGUUUUUUAAGUCUCAGCGUGUUGAUAUGUUGCUUGGGGCUGGGAUAUUCUUUGACCUAUUAUGUGUUGGACAAAUUCGGUUAAAAAAUAUACCAUACGUUUUGCAAAAAACCCGUUUGGGUUGGGUUGUUUCGGGUGGCCAGCAGAAAUCAUCAAUUUCGUCAUCGCUAGCAGCUGCGUUAAUCGGUAGCGAAGAACAACAACAAUCAUUGAGCCAAAUAGUUCGUUCAUUCUGGGAAGUAGACAACUGCUUCGAACCUAUCGCAAAAACAACAAAGGAAGAGAUGGAGUGUGAAGAGCAUUUUAAAAACAAUUAUCAUCGCUUAGAUACUGGAGAGUACUGUGUUCGUUUACCACUAAAGCAUAGCCUCGAUUUACUCGGGGAUUCAUAUGAGCAAGCACUGAGACGGUUUCUAUCUCUUGAACGCCGACUUCAGCGUAAUAUUGUAGUGAAGGCUCAGUAUUCAGCAUUCAUUAAAGAGUAUGCACAACUAAAGCACAUGUCUUUUGUUGAGCACCCAAUCACAAAUACAAAGGUUUAUUAUUUACCUCAUCACUGCGUAUUCAAAAGCGACAAUACAACAACAAAGCUUCGUGUUGUGUUUGACGGCUCAGCAGCUAGCUCUUCUGGAUACUCGCUCAAUGAAAUUUUGAUGGCUGGGCCGACGAUUCAACCCAAGCUGGCUGAUAUUCUCAUUCGUUUUCGUACUCAUCCCGUAGCUGUAACUGGUGACAUAUGUAAAAUGUAUAGGUGCGUUCGCGUUACAUCCCCUGAUGACUAUUUACAAUGUAUACUAUGGAGAGACGAUCCAAACAGCGAAAUUAAAACUUUUAAACUCGAAACAGUCACUUAUGGCACGAAGCCAGCGUCGUUCCUUGCUAUACGUACAAUGCAUCAGCUCGCCAUUGAUGAGAAAAAAUCAUUUCCUCUUGGGUCUCAAAUUGUUUUACGCGACUUUUAUGUCGACGAUUUGAUUACUGGCGCAAAGACUGUUGACGAUGCAAGAGCUAUUGUUGCACAAACAACUCAGUUGUUGGCGAAGGGCAACUUUCAAAUUCGAAAAUGGUGCUCAAGUGAGAAAGAUGUGCCCUCUCAAAUUGCUGUCGAGGAUAAAGAAAGUUUUUUAAAAUUUGAUGACGGAAGUGACAUUACGAAAACGCUUAGGCUUGUAUGGAAUCCUCAAACAGACAUAUUUUUAUUUUCAUUCUCGUUAGAAAAGCUGCCUGAUAGGACCAA